AUAUCCUACCACCGACUUUAGCCGGUGUUACUCCGAACAUCGCCUGACAUCUUGUUUAUGUCACUCCGUGUUAUUUUAUGGUUGUCCAGUCAACAAGCAACACGUGCAUUGUAUUUCUAAUCUAAUCUGUGCUGGAUUAUUUUCUAGCGGUCCCUAGCUAGAUGCAGCGACAGCAGGGCUGUUUUUCUGCUGUUUUUAAGGAAGGAUUUUAACAUUUUAUCGACACGGUUUUCACUACUUUUAGGCUAAAUAUUGCUAAGCUUUAAGCCUCUGUAGACAUGCUAGCUCCGAAAUAGCAACCUAGCCGUGUGGAUAUUCUAACCUAAUCUAUAGCCACUGGGCUAACGUUAGCCAGGUACCACAACAAUGGACGACUCCGGUAUUAAAAAGCAGAAUUGGGACGUGAAGGAGACGGAGUUAUUUCUCGAAAUCCUCAAGGAGCUGGACAUGAAGAAGUGCUUAGACGGUAGGAAAGUGAGGAAUAACAAACUGUUCAAGGUGGCGCACCGCAGGAUGACAGCGGCCGGCUACCACAGAUCUGUGGACCAGUUAAAGUUUCGCUGGAAACUUCUCAAAAGUGCGUACUACAAGUGCAAGAGAGAGCCCGACUCCCCAGCACCCACCAAGAUACAAGGUUGGUGGCGGUAUGAGAAGACAAUGGUAGCUAUCAUGGAGUCCAGACACCCGCUGGUCGGAGCCGGGGUCCACUCUGACAGGAAUGAUGAAGGGACAGAAGACUCGGAUGGAGAGGCAUCCAUGCUGCACUGGCCGCAGCCCUGCCCGGACAAUACCGCCCAGAACCUGGGUUUGAUUAUCAAAAUGGACCCUGAGAUGGACUCGCAGCUGAAAAUUGGUUUUAUUGGUGCAGGGAACAUGGCCUUUGGCAUCGCAAAGGGCAUCUUGUCUGGAAAUGUUCUUCCGGUAAACGUCAAAGUGAGCGCACCAUCGUCCAGGAACCUGGGACGCUUUCAGGAGCUCGGGAUUUCUGUCACUCACUCCAACGUAGAGGUGGUCUGUGGGUCAGAUGUGGUUUUUGUAGCUGUCAAACCUCACCUGAUUCCAGCAGUUCUCAAUGAGAUCUCACUGCACGUCACUGACCGACACAUCAUUGUGUCUGUUGCAGCAGGAGUAACUCUGGCCACACUGGAAGAGCUCCUGCCAGAGAACACGGUCGCCAUUCGGCUGAUGCCAAAUCUCCCGUGUUUGGUUCAGGAAGGGGCUCUCCUGUUUGCACGGGGUACGCAUGCCAAACAGGAGGAUGGAGCUCUGCUGCGCUCCCUGUUGCACCGCUGUGGUUUGGUGGAGGAGGGACCUGAGGCCUGGAUCGACAUCCACUGUGGACUGAGCGGGAGCGGAGUUGCUUUUGUGUAUCUGUUUGCUGAAGCGCUGGCAGAGGGAGCCGUUAAAAUGGGAAUGCCCAGUGCUCUGGCACACAGCAUCGCAUCCCAAACCGUUCUGGGUGCUGGGAGAUUGUUACGUGAGUCCGGGAAGCAUCCGGCUCAGCUCCGCUCCGAGGUCUGCACCCCGGGUGGAACAACCAUCUACGGGCUUCACACGCUGGAACAGGGCGGCGUGAGGGCGUCGACCAUGAGCGCUGUGGAAUCUGCCACCGAAAGAGCCAGGGAGCUCGGCAGGAAGUCAGCAGCAGGAUCUAGGAAGUAACAGCUGCUGUUUGCCUUAAAUAACUACUCAGUGGACUUAAUUCAAGCCGAACAACAAACUGACUUUAUGGCUCACCGUGGAACACAAAGACAAAGCAGGACUUGUCACUUUUUUUUAUUUCAUUGUCUCCCUUUUAUUUUCCCUGAAACAAGUUCAGUUCUUAUUUCCUCUCUUUCAUGUCUUUGACCAGAGGGAUUUGUUGGAAAUAUUGGCUUAAAGUUAACAGUGACACUGACAAGUAAAUUAUACGAUAAUGA